AUGGCGGUCGUUGAUGAUGGCUUCGAGGCUCUUCUUGAGCCUUUCUACAACGGCAAGAAGCUGACCGACCCAAUUUCUACUGUCGGCGACAAAUUCCAGCUGCUUCCUGCAUUUUUAAAGGUCAAAGGUCUCGUCAAGCAGCACAUUGACUCAUUCAACUUCUUUGUCGAUCAUGAAAUCAAGGAGAUUCUCAAGGCCAACCGGACUGUCCGGAGCGAUGUCACGGGCUCCUUCUUUAUUGAAUUUCUGGAUAUUCGCGUUGAGAGACCGAAUCGUCCCGACUUCAAUGAGUUCCGAGUGGCUAACGAGAUCACUCCACAAGAGUGUCGUCUGCGAGACAUGACCUACGGAGCUAAAAUCCUGGUAGACAUUGCAUACCCAAGAGAGAAAACCCGGGUUGUCCGCAGAAAUGUUGAGCUUGCUCGCAUACCCAUCAUGCUCCGCAGCAACAAGUGUCAUCUUUAUGGCGCCAACAAUGCAGAGAUGGCAAAGAUGGGAGAAUGUCCCCUGGAUCCGGGUGGCUAUUUCAUCGUCGGCGGAACCGAAAAGGUCAUUCUCGUCCAGGAACAACUCAGCAAAAACCGUAUCAUUGUCGAGGCAGACGAAAAGAACAACAUCAUCUCUGCAUCAGUCACUAGUUCAACCCACGAAAGAAAGUCCAAGACUUAUGUGGUGAUGAAGAAGGAUCGACUUCACCUGUCGCAUAACGUCCUUGUAGAACCCUUACCAAUUGUCAUUGUCAUGAAGGCUCUCGGCGGCUUGUCUGACUUCGAGAUCAUGCAACUUGUGGCAGGAACAGAUGGAAGGUUCCAGGAUGACUUUGUGGUCAACUUUGAGGACGCCGCCAAGGUGGGUGUCUUCACACAACACCAGGCAUUGGACUACAUUGGUGCGCGCGUUAAGAUGGGUGGCCGGAGCAAGCCCGGCGGAACCAGCUUACCACAGCCACGUCGUAGUAACGUCGAGGAAGGUCUGGACGCCCUCGCAAACAUCAUCAUUGCUCAUAUCCCGGUUGAAGGACUGGACUUUUUCCCCAAGGCCAUGUACGUGGCCCUCAUGACGCGCCGUGUGCUGAUGGCACACUACGACCCGAAACUUGUGGACGAUCGUGACUUUGUUGGUAACAAGCGAUUGGAAUUGGCUGGUCAGCUGCUCUCACUGCUGUUUGAGGAUCUUUUCAAGAACUACUUGACUCAGCUCAAGUUCGCCUGCGACAAUACUCUGAAGAGAAACCACCGUGCUGCGUUUGAUCCGCUUGUUAAUAUCAGUACACUCGGCCGCACGAUCACAGAUGGCAUGAACCGCGCUAUUCAGACCGGCAACUGGAGCGUAAAGCGAUUUAAGAUGGAGAGAGCCGGUGUCACCCAUGUGUUGAGUCGACUCAGCUACAUCGCAGCACUGGGUAUGAUGACACGUAUCAGCAGUCAGUUCGAAAAGACCAGGAAAGUAUCCGGACCUCGUGCACUUCAGCCAUCUCAGUGGGGUAUGUUGUGUCCCUCUGAUACUCCUGAAGGUGAGGCUUGCGGUCUCGUCAAGAACCUUGCACUCAUGACACAUAUUACGACCAACAUCGACGAAGAACCGGUGAAACGCUGGAUCUACACAAUCGACUCUGGAGUUGAACCUCUAAGAUGUUUCUCGGGUGCAGAUAUCCAUCGCCCUGGCUCGUAUAUCAUUCACAUCAACGGAACACCUUUUGCUCUAACAAGGUUUCCGAAGCGAUUCGCGUCAAAGUUCAGAACCAUGCGCCGUAGAGGUUGGGUGUCGCCUUUCGUGAGCAUCAACGUCAACACGCAUCUUUCUGCCGUGCACAUUGCCACCGACGAAGGCCGCAUUUGUCGUCCUUAUAUCAUUGUCAAGAACGGCGAAUCUAAAAUCAAAGCAAGUCACCUUCGGAUGCUCCAGGCGGGCAAGGCUACAUUCGACGACUUCCUGACCCGAGGUAUUGUCGAGUACCUUGACGUCAACGAGGAAAAUGACACUCUGGUGGCUCUCACCGAAAAGGAUAUCACCAAAGCACACACUCAUGUCGAAAUUGAGCCUUUCACUAUUCUAGGAGCCGUAGCUGGACUGAUUCCUUUCCCGCACCACAACCAGUCCCCUCGAAACACAUAUCAAUGCGCUAUGGGUAAGCAAGCUAUUGGAGCUAUUGCGUACAAUCAAUUCAACCGCAUCGACACCCUUCUGUACACCUUGGUAUACCCACAGAGACCCAUGGUCAUUAGCAAAACCAUCCAGCUCAUCAGAUACGACAAGCUUCCCGCUGGCCAGAAUGCCACUGUUGUCGUCAUGUCCUACUCUGGUUACGAUAUUGAGGAUGCCCUCGUCUUGAACAAGGCAUCUCUGGAUCGCGGUUUUGGUCGAUCACAAGCAUUCAGGAAGUACACUGCCGAGCUGAACAAGUACGCCAACGGAAGCCGCGAUCGCAUCGGCGACCGGGACUUCAAUCAGAUCAACGACAAGCACGAGGCCCUGACUAGUGACGGUCUCGCCGACGUUGGCUGGAAAUUGAAGAGUGGUAAUGUCCUCAUCAAGAAAGAAAGCCCAGUCGACACGUCGCCUGGAAUCGGUAAUGAGAGGAGGUCAGACGAGUAUCGCGAGUGUCCUACGACCUUCAAGAUUUACGACGGAGCCAUCGUGGACACUGUAAUGGUGACGCAGACACAGUAUGAGACUCAGUUGAUCAAAGUCAAGACAAGACAGACACGUCGACCAGAACUUGGUGACAAGUUCUCCUCGCGUCACGGUCAGAAGGGUGUCGUUGGUAUCAUCGUCGACCAAGAGGACAUGCCCUUUUCUGAUAAAGGACUGUGCCCAGAUAUCAUCAUGAACCCUCACGGUUUCCCGUCUCGUAUGACAGUUGGUAAGCUGCUCGAAUGUCUAACAGGAAAGGCAUCCAUCAUCCAAGGUCGCAAAGACUUUGGCUUUGGCGAUGCGUUUCGCUCCCAUCCUCUCGAGGAAAUGAGCAGAAACCUGGUUGACGCCGGUUUCUCGUGGGAGGGCAAGGACUACUUCACAUCGGGUAUUACUGGUGAGCCGCUACAAGCAUACAUUUUCAACGGUCCCAUCUUCUACCAGCGUCUCAAGCACAUGGUGCAAGACAAGAUGCACUCUCGUUCUCGUGGCCCUCGUGCAAUUCUCACAAGACAACCAACCGAAGGUAGAUCACGUGAAGGUGGUCUACGUUUGGGCGAAAUGGAGCGUGAUUGUUUGAUUGCGUACGGUGCUUCACAGCUUCUGCUGGAACGUCUCAUGAUCAGCUCCGAUGGAACCGACGUUGACAUUUGUCAAAAGUGUGGUUUGUUUGGCUACAAGGGCUACUGCAGCACUUGCCGCACUAGUCGAGAGGUUGCCAAGAUGACAAUGCCAUAUGCUGCAAAGCUGUUGGUUCAGGAACUCAUCAGCAUGAACGUUGGUGUGCGACUGCAAUUGGAGGAUGAAUUUCCUCAUCCCAAGUAG